AUGUCACUGAACGAGAUCCACGGCCGACUGGCCCUAAUAACGGGUGCAUCAGGAGGGAUUGGAGCAACAUGCGCCCACCAGCUCGCAGAAGAGGGCGUCCAUCUCGCCCUCACCUACUCAACCAAUGUCAAAUCUGUCAACGAGCUCGUCGAAGACCUGAACUCGCGAUAUGCCGAGAAGAAUCUCCAAAUUUCUACCCACCAGGUCGAUGUCGGCCGUCCCGAUGAAAUAGCUGCCAUGUUUCGCGAAAUUGACGCCCAGCAUGGCCACCGACCAGAUAUUUUAAUAUCGAAUGCUGGACACGGCAAACGAGUGCCUAAUGUGUGGGACAUCACCCUCGAGGAGUUUGAUAACAUGUUGAACAUCAAUCUGCGCGCGUCAUUUGUCCUGGUGAAAGGAGUGGUAGAACAUAUGAAAGCUCAACGUUGGGGGCGCAUUGUAUUCAUGUCGUCGAUCGCUGCAUCGGGAGGAGGGAUUAAUGGAUGUCACUAUGCUGCUUCCAAAGGUGGACUUACCGGGAUGAUGAAAAACCUCUCUACGCGCCUGGCCGAGUAUAGUAUCAGUGUCAACGAUGUUGCACCUGCGAUGAUUGGCGAUACAGGCAUGGUGCCAUCUACUACGGCAGUUCCGGGCAUUGCAUCCACUAUCCCGCUAGGUCGACUGGGGACGCCAGAAGAGACGGCAAAUGUUGUGACGAUGCUGGUGAAGACAGGAUACAUGACGGGACAGAGCCUCCUAAUAUUAGUGCCUGCAAAAUCGGGAGUAAUCGGCCGUCUGUGUUCCGAUGAGGUCAUCCGACGACCACAACAUCUUCCUCCGCACUCGUCUUCGCCAUUGACUGCUCCGACUUGCAUCAAGUCUGCAUUUAUUUCUGGAAAAAUGCCCAAAUCCGUCAGCCGGAAGUCCGGACUCGCAGAACUAAGAGCUUGCACAGAAUGCCGGGGCCGGGUGCUAGAAACGGAAAAGCAAGUGCUCCGGGACGAAUCCCUGCUCGUACUGCGCAAAGGCAAACAAGGCCUGCGUUUUCGGGCCCCAAACUUGGAUGCUGCAGAGGUCCGCUGUACAGGUUUGCUAUCACUACUGCGCAGAUUGAACCCAGAUGUCGAUAUCGAAGAUGCGCUGCGAACGAUCGCGCCGGACUCUGAGUACCCUGAGUCUGUUGAGAUACCGCAAGAGUUAGAGCCUGGGUCUGAGAGCCCUGGCUCCUCGCAUGGCUUCGAAUGGAAUGAGGCUUCUAUGGCCCGGGACCCGGCGGAUGGAAUGGUGUCUCUUCCUACAGCAAGAGCGGAGGGAUAUCUCGGGAAUAGCUCAGGAACCAGGCUCCUACAGACCAUCUCGGACCUGCUCCCAGAAAACCUGCAGGAACACCAAGGGGAGUCACCGGCGCGGGCGAGUCAGGCGGGGAGUCCGUCUCUGUUAAUGCAUUUUGCGAAUACAGCUGUGCUGGAUAACCUCGUUGAUGCGUAUUUUCUGUGGUAUAACUGCUCAUACCCGAUUCUACAUGAGACUACGUUUCGGGAAAAGUAUCGCAGUCGACAGCAGAUCCACCCGCGCUCGAGCUGGCAUUUGAUAUUCUACCUUGUUCUGGCUAUUGGACAUUGGGUUUCUACUGGGGGGUCACCGUUGAGCCAGUGUAGUUAUUACAUGGCUGCGCGGUCACGUAUGUCGAUGCGAAUGUUGGAGUCGGGAAGCCUUGUGGCUGUUCAAGCGUUCUUGCUCAUGGGUAACUAUCUGCAAAAGCGAGACCGGCCGAAUACAGGAUACAACUACAUUGGCAUCGCGUAUCGAAUGGCGCUGGGUCUGGGUCUACAUCGGGAGCCGCCGUCAGGAACACACGAUACCUUGUUGAACGAACGUCGGCGAGCCGUUUGGUGGGUGGUGUAUUGCUUCGACAGUGGCUUCAGCCUGACAACGGGGAGGCCGGUCAUGGCAUCAGACUCUUUUAUCGAGACCCGUCUUCCGCUUAAUGUAGAUGACUCGAAUUGUGCUUUGGACUCUCCCUUGACUGCACCGGUGGAUAGACCGACCACAUACUCUGCUAUAAUCGCACAGGCACGACUAGUGUCAAUUGCAAACCGAAUAUUCAGCGAAAUAAUAUCCUGCCCGUACAGGCAAUCGUUUGACCUGAAAGCGCCCCGAUCCAUCGACCACCAGCUCAAAGCUUGGAGACUGUCACUUCCCUCUUACUUCACAGCACAAGAUGUACCAACCUGGUUCCGUGGCCCACGCGCAAUAGUCGGAUGGAAAGAACAAAACCUGCGCAUGCUACUGUGGUGGGGGAGUCAGCGUCUAUGCAGCGUGCCUUCAGAGCGCGAAGAAGCACAGAACAUGUGCCAUUUCGCCGCAGUCGAGACGAUCCAAGACGUCACAACAUUCUGCCGCGACUUCUUCGACACCCUCCACACAGGCCUUAGCUGGUACGCAACCUAUUUCUUAUUCCAGGCCAGUGUUGUCCUGAGCAUCCAUCACCUUCGACCGCUCCCACCGCUAGACAGCAGCUUGGCGGCCGUUAAUCAAGAGCUCUGGUUCUCGUCGAUAUCCCGGGCCCGCGACUGUUUGGCCUCGCUAGGCCCAACAAAUAACGCUGCGAUGCGGUGUCUCGCCGUCCUUGACAGGAUACGGGAUCGUUCUCCGCCAGGACAAUCAGCGCAGAUCCGAGAAUAUGACUCGGCUUACCAGACACAGGAGCCUGGUGGUGAAAUGGCGGAUACGUCACUGGCGCCGUUGGCUGUUGAUCCCACGUUGCAGGUGUUCUUUGAAGAUACAUCGUGGGAGAAUGAUUUGUUUGAAGGGCUUAAUGGAUUCCCUAGCACGGAUGAGGUUGAUUUGUUUGAUUAUGUUGGGAAUACAGGCCAUGCUAUGCCGUGA